ACAACAUUGAAAAGUUGAUGGGCGUCUCGUGACCAGCUGCUGAAUACUAAUUCCAUGGCUGCUAGUGACGAAUUGGGGAAGCUGCAACAGCAUUUGUCUCUACUGCGUGAACAGUAUGUGCGGCUGCAGGAGCGCUUUACAUCCCUUGAACAGCAGCAUGCCAUCGCCACUGCCAACUCCCAGGCUACAGAUGGCGAGGACUCAUUUGUUACGAGGCUUUUACGAUUUGUAGCUGAUUUAUAUGACAAGGAAAAAUACAGCGACAUGUCUGUAAACCUUGGCAGUAGGGAUGUUCGUGCUCAUCGUUUUGUAUUGGCUGCCCGCAGUGACAACUGGGGUGUCACCUCUCUUGCUGAUGUUGAUUCACUUGAUUGGAGUUCAUUGGAGGAGGAAGUUGGAGAGGCAGUGCUGCGCUGGGUGUACACAGACCACGUCAGUCUCUUGAGUGAACACAACUUUACGUUAAAUCUCAUGCGAGCUGCUGCAGGCUUCUCCCUCAGUCCCCUAAUGAAGAGAUGUGAGAAAGCAUUGAUGGGUUGGGUAACAGUACGUAACUGUGUGCGUCUUUACACCACGGCAGAUGAGAUUGGUGCCGAGACUCUGCGGGACCAUUGUUCUACCUUAAUAUCAACCCACUGGAACGAUUUCACCCAUGAUGACUUCUCACACAUGUCUGCACCUUUGUUGUAUGCAAUGUUUAAAUCUAAGACCAGACAUCCCUUGCAUGCUGCCAUUAGACUCCAGAGAGAAGAUGUUGUCUUCCUUUAUCUGAUUGAAUUUGAUGCCCAGUUGCCGGCAGUUUUGGAUGAGGCGGACGAAGCCGGAGACAUGGCCUUAGAUCUGGCCUUACUGGGGCGUCAUCACUGCAUCGCAGACACACUCCUCAAACACGGGGCAUCAGUCACCACAACCGACCCCACUGGUGCCUCUCUGCUGCACAGGGCUGUAAGGAGAGGGGACGAGUUUUCCGCCUCUUUCCUGAUGAAUCACGGGUGCUCGGUAAACGUGGCCACUCCCGGCGAUGGCAGAACGCCCCUACACAGUCUGGUCAGCCAAGUUUACGAGGAUCGACAAAAACGAGAAGAUAUGGUGAAGGUCGCACAGAUGAUGAUAGAGAAGGGAGCUGACCCCAACAUACAGGAUAAGAAUAUGAAGACUGUGAUGCACCUGGUGGUGGAAGGUGAAAGAGAGGAGGUUUUUCGCGUGCUGAUUGAACACGACAACCUACGUCUGGAGUUGAGGGACAAGUUUGGGUAUCCCCCGCUGUGGUACGCUCUGGUCAAUAGUACUGACUUUGGUGAUGCAUCUUAUGCUUUACUGCUGAUCAAGAAGGGAGCGUCACCUGAUGCUGUCUCAGGAGUAACCUAUGCCUUGAAAUAUCAGAAGGUUGUUGGCUCCAGUGGUGAGUCUCUCCUUCACCUUGUGGCUCGGGAGGGCCUGGAAGAAGCGGGUCUGUUUCUCACCACAGAAGGUGCCAAUUGUAAUGUGGUCAAUGCUGAUGGUGAGACUCCACUGCACAUCUCCUGUACUGUUGGUCUCCCAUCACUGACGACUGCUCUGCUCCAGAUAGGAGCAAACCCAAAUCUGCAGACUUAUUCAUCUACACCGACCACCAACCUAGCAGCAACAGGUGAUCCCUUCGCAGAUGAUGAAUCAGAAAAUGGUUCACCGUCGUCUACCCUAACCUUCCGUGAGACUGCCCUUCACCGAGCCAUCAAGAACAAAAAUGAGAGUGAUAUAAGAGCAAUAUUAGACCACAAAGAGUAUUGUGAGAGCAACAAAGCGGACAAUCUCUUGCUUCCCGAUCUAAACCUACGAGACUCAGAUGACUUAACAGCACUAGGGGUGGCUCUAGGGACUGGCCAGCUGACAGUGGCGAAGCACCUGUUGGAGGCCAGUGCUGACCUCAACACUACAGACUCUCAAGGCCUCGGACUCUUACACAUGGCCAUCCAGCUCAAGGAUAUACACGUGGCCACCUUCCUCAUCAACAACGGAACAGAUGUGAACUUGAGAACUCGUGAAGGUCAGUCGCCGCUGGAGCUGUGUAUUAACGAGGGCUUUGGCUCCGUGGUUGCUCUGUUGUGUGGGAAAGGCGCCGAUCUCAAUUCUCACCCCAAUUCACCCGAGCCGCCCUUAUGGUUAGCACUCAACUCCAAGCAGGAAGACAUUGCCUCUAUCCUAGUUCAAUACCACGUGGACACAGACAACUGGGGGGACGGACCCGAUGGAUGCCUUCAGACUUUACUCCACAAGGCCAUUGACGAGAAUCGGGAAGACAUUGCAUGUUUCCUCAUAAGAAGUGGAUGUGACGUCAAUGUAGUGCGUAAGCCAGGACCUGGUGGCACUGGUGGGGAGGAAGCCACCGACCAGCAGACCCCACUACAUCUUUGUUGCUCCUGGGGGCUUGAGGAUAUUGUCCAGACAUUACUUGAACAUGGGGCCAAGGUUAAUGCUAAGGAUUGUGAGAACAAGACACCGCUGCACCAUGCCAUAGAGAAUGCCCACACAACUAUCAUCUCGCUACUUCUCUCCCAUCCCUCUUUGGACUUAACAUUGCGAGAUAAAUCUGGAAUAACCCCAUUCGCUGCUGCCAUGUUACGUAAGAACAACAAGGCAGCUCAAGCUAUCCUCAGUCGGGAGCCGAAGGCAGCUGAGCAGUAUGACCACAAAGGCCACAAUUUUCUUCAUGUUGCCAUUCAAAAGAAGGACAUGGAGAGCGUGCUGUUUCUCCUCAGUAUCCACGUUGACAUGCAUACCCGCACUCAAGACCAGCUGUCCCUUACGCCCCUUCAUCUUGCAACUCUCUCAGGGUCAGAAAUGAUAGUAAGAAAUUUGCUGCUGGCUGGGAGUGGAGCCAUCAGUGAGUUAACACCACAGAAACAAACAGUGUUACACCUGGCGGCUGCACACGAUCAUCCACACCUGGCUUCUAUUUUUAUUGAAAAUGGUGUAAAUGUUGAUGCUGUAGAUGACAAUCUCAACAACGCCCUGCAUGUUGCUGUUAAGGAGGGCCAUCUUUCUCUUGUGAAGGUGUUGCUAACAGAGUCACGCAUCAACGCUGGAGCGGUCAACUUACGAGGACAAAACCCUCUCCACGUAUUGGGCAAUUACCCAAAAGAGAAUGCAGCAGCCAUUGCAGAGGUGUUCCUGGAGACUAUGCCUGAUUAUGACCUAAAUAAAGUAGAUGUAGAGGGAAACUCUGCUCUCUUGUUGGCUUACAUGCGAGGUGCUGGUCAACUCUGCCGAGUUUUUGUUCGUUCAGGAGCAUGUCUGGGAUCCACCAACAAACAUGGAGUCAACAUUUUUAAUUAUCAGGUACCCACCAAGACGCUGCUGUUCCGACUUCUGGAUGUGUUGUCAGUUGAACCUCCCUGGAGCGAAGGUGAACUGUGUAUGGAGUGUGGAGCUAAGUUUGGCAUAGCCACCAGGAAGCAUCACUGCCGACACUGUGGGAGGCUCCUGUGCAACCGCUGCUCCGACAAAGACGUGCCCAUCCUCAAGUUCUCGUUGAACAAGCCUGUACGCGUGUGUCAGACAUGCUUUGAUGUGCUGACUUUGGGAGCAGCUGCUAUAUCCUAAUGAAAAAAAAAGAAAAACAUAGGUUGAUUUGGUUCAUGCAAAUUUUGUCUAUGCACUGAGGUAUCUACUGUAUAGGAAUUCCAAGAAGCUCGUGCUUUCGUGCCACUCACUGAAGAUAAGAUUUAAAGUGUUGUAAGAAGAAUAUAUUUAUAUCUUUAUAUUUUCUUGCAUCGUGCUAGGGACCUGUAAUUUAAAACAGCUAUUUUGUAUAAUAAAUACCAAGAGUUUAGCUCUCUGGGGAUAGUUACAUCAUGUUGAAGAGAAGGCAGUCUGAAACAUAUCAGAAUUACAUCUCGGGGAAUAUGCGGUCAUGUCACUUAAUGGUAGUGUAUUUCCUGAUCAAGGUGUUUAUAAAAGUAAGAGUAUGAGAGUGUUACCCGGUAUGUUUAUUUGACUUUGUUAUCCAAAGAAUUAAGUAGAACUGAGAAAGUGUUUAGAUUUUUCUAAAGUAUGUUGUCAUAUUCAGUACUGUACUGUUUAUUGACUUGACCUCCACACAUCAGUUGCUUUUAUUACUUGAGUAAUCUGCUGCUCAUAACAUGGCAAUAAUUUAAGCAAUAAAGCCAGUAAAAAAUACCCAGCACCUUACCGUAGUGUGGUCAUAUUGUGUACAUGCAUUAAUUAAACCAAGAGUAAUAUCAGGUAGGCCUGAUAGUAUUUAGUAAUGGUUGUGACAUUUUCCUGUGUCACCAUCUGCAUUACUGAUGCAUCACGUGUGUAGCAGUGUAAAACACGACACACUGUAUUUUCUAACACUUGAAGAAAUAUUUCUUGCCAUAUUUUUUCUAGUGUCUAAAUUUCUUUCUCAAUAGUUUUGUAAUGACUACCGUAAGUAUUACCAAGGACUCUCAGUCCAAAAGUCCCUUGUUCACCCCAGGGGUCACAAAUAAAAUUAGUCUUCUUUCUUUGUACAGUAUGCUGUAAGCCAGGUAUUUAGGUCUGCCAGACCUCAGGUGGGAGGAUGUCUUAAUGUAGUACAGUACUGUACAGGCAUAAUAAGACCAAUAAUUACUUUUGUUAUGCUGUAGUACACUUAUUGUUCUUGAUGACUUAAAAAAUCUACCAUUAAAUGGAUUUUACUCGAGAAAUAUUCAUAAUAAUGUAUGUUAAAAAUAAAUAGCCCCUUAGAUGGCAGUGAAAUAAGUAAUCUUUUUAUAAAUGUAUCAGAUACUUUUCUUUUUCUACAUUCAUAAAAUUACUUUGAUAUGCUGUAUAAAAUAGUUUUCUCAUGAGCACAUCGUUGCAUAACUUUAAGAUUACGUAUACAAUACAGAUUUUUAUUAUUUACCGGAAGAAUCUGAAUAACUUGUGUAGUGAUCAUUGCUCUUGCUGGCACAAUAAUACUGUAUAAGAAUAAUCAGUGAAAUCCACAGUGAUGACGACAAUGAGUGAAACACAAUGCAAGAGGUUGUGGUGAUCAAGUCUAGGUGUAAGUCUAUGUACAGUAGAUAAUAUUUAUAUGAUUUGUUGUAAAUUUUGGAAAAUGUAACUUUCCCUAAUAAUAGUUUAUAUUGUUUUUUAAUAUGAAGCAAUGAUAAAGAGCAUUAGAAUAGUAUUAUAGAUUCUUCAUAUUCAGUACAAACUGUGUUAUGUUUUAAACAGCCAAAUAAUAAGAGGGUAUUAUGCAUGGUUGUGGUCUGGCAGCACCUUCACAAUCCUCUCUUUCAAAAUGUUAUUAAAUGUGUAUUUUUUUGGGGGGGGGGGGUGUCAAUGCAUUAUUUGUUAAAAAAAUUAUAAUAAUUCAAGGUUUUAUUGAAUUGUGCUGGAAAUUAAACUGAAAGAUCUUCAUAGAAAUUUCAAAAAACUAUUGUAUUUAAUAUGGUAAUAGAAAUUUACUUAUAAGUCGUGGGUGUAGGCUAUUAUUGUAUGAGUAUAAAAAAUUUGUGAAGGGAUGUAAUAAUUUGUAUAUAGUAGAAGACCACAAAUCCAAAAUUUAUACGUUGGGACCAGAAUCCUUUAACUAUUGGCAGUUCUCCAGAAAAGAUAUUUUUUUAUUUGUGGCAGUCUGCUGAACUAAAGUUUGUCAAACUUUGUGUUAGAAACUGUGAACUAGUGGCUGGUGGCUGGGACUAAUUCAUAAAUUACCUGUACCUUCUCUCUAACCAGCACCCUGAGAGGGAGUUUGAAAACAUUUUAUAUCAAUUGAGGUCAAAGGAUAACGAAUCAUGAUAUCACAUCGGCUGUGCACUACCCAGUUGUCACCUGUCAUCAGUCACAACCAAUGAAUCCAGGAUUAAGCUCUGUCUCAGGAUUUGGUAAAGGCAUGUUAGUCAAGAAAUGACACUUUCCUGCUCCUCAGCAACUCUGCAUAUUGUGAAGAUAUUGAAUUUAAGUUACAGUAGAUACUUUGUUGAGGAACAAUAUAAUUCAACUAAACUACCUAGUAGGGCAUUUGGUAAACAGUGAGGUGGAACUAAUUCAUGAAAUAUUCCAGGUGUCAUUAGUUCAGUGAGUUCCUGGGCUUCGACCUCAUGGACUUGUUAGGAUAGUACAUUACUUGAGUCACAUAGUCCAAACUCUAUUAUGAAAUGGGAUAUGCAGGAUCAGUCCUCCAUUAUAUAGUAUUUUACCAGUGUAUUGAAUUUUAGCUCGUGAAAGUUAUUUUGUAUGAUAACAGCUGAACGAGAGUGAGUUAGUUGAAGUUACUGUGAUACACUUUUUUAUUUUUUUAAGAAUCCUUCUACAAAGUGGCAGUUGAUCUGUGUUAGUGCUGAAAGAGAAAAUUACCUCUUGGUAUUUAUGCUAAGUAGAGUUAAAAUAUGAAUUUUGUAUUAAACAUACCGGUAGUUACAGUACCUCUAAUGCUGCAGAAACAUUAACCUUGUGACACAUACAUUCCUUUUGUGGACCAUAGACUGCCUUUACAGUCCAUAUUAACUCACAGACAACACUGUGAUGUUAUGAUGUUAUUUAUGUCUGUCUUAUACAUUGGAAAGAGUGUUUUCAUUUCGAAUUUAUUUUUAGUUGCUUCAUUCACUUUUGUGAGUACCUGUACCAGUUCUGUUGCAUUCAAUUCCAUACUCACUUCAGAGAACUUUUGUUGAGGAGCGGAGGUACUGUGGCCGGGUUACUGCUGAGUGUGAUGGUCACUGUUGUGGUGAUAUUCCCGGUUUUGUUGAAAAUUUAAAUCCUCGUCACAAAGAAUAAUGAAUCUAUACAAUGUUAUUAGAUUUUAUUCACACAAUCAUUAUAACUGAAGGUAAAAACUGUUUAUUGAUUAGUAUUGUACUAUAUCUUGAAGCUAAACUCCAUAAAGCUUUACUUACAGUUGAUGUUAGGGAGACAAUGAGUUAGAUAAAACGCUGCCUGUCGUCACCCAAAUUAAGUUACAUACAAGAGAUCAGAGCAUCUAGUAUUAACCAGCUGUGGAAUAGUGAAAUAAAUCAGAAAUAUCAAUAAUUCAACCUUAAGAAUUCAUUGUUACAGCUCAAAAUAUAAACACUGCAUUGACUAGUGAAAAUACUCAUGUUUUGCCUGACAUUACCAACUCCAAUUUAAGUGGUCCAAAUGAAAUGAUGAACUGUACUGAUUCAUGAUUUCUAAUAUUUAAUACUUUUUAUUUCUUUUUUACUGUAUUUUGGAUAGGAUGUUUUUUUAUUGUGAAUUUGGAGAUGUAAUUCAUCACAAAAAUAAGAUAUUAAUGUAUAUGGUACUGUACUAAUCAAGACUAUUAGACUAAUAUAUUAAUUAUAGUAAGUGAUUUUUUUUGUGUGUCCUCGUAAUCAGUAUAUAAACGCAGACAACUCAUGUCAACGUGUGAGGAAUGCACCACUGCACACAACAUCGCUGACCUUUUAAGAUUUGGACUAGCUGUUCAGAUGACAAGUGAAGGCGCCAAAUUUAUCCAAUUGUGAUAUAAUGUAGCUGGUAGGUAGCAACCCUGCCUUGCCAUCUGAGGAGUUUGGGUUCAGUUCCUGUAAGGGCGAUGAUAGUGUUGUUUGUGAAAUAUAGAAUGUGAUGGCGAGCAAUUAUUUUAGCUUUCAUGUGGCUUCAUCUGUCUUUAAAAGUAUACCUGAAAAAAUGUUCCAUAAUACAGUAGAAUUUUUUCCCGUAAUUACAUAUUAAUUGUACAGUUGCAUUAAAUUCUGUUGCUGCUGAAUAGAAUUGUUUAAUUAGAGCUUUAUUUACAUAUUUUUUAAGUGUCGUCUUCUGUGCAUGUUUUCUAAUCAAAACAUGCCUGUAUUGCUGUGACAGAAAUACCUGUACAGUAGUUAAGAAAAGCAUGUUUUGUAAUUACUGUAUUCUUAUUUUGAAAUACAGAUGAUUUCUUUCAGGUAAAAUAAAAAAUCAAAGAAUUUCCACACAUUAAGAAAUCACUGGAUAACUCACAGUAAAAUAACAAGUGACUAAGGGUCUUCAGAUCUAUUUGGUCUCAUAACAGCUACUGAAACAAGAUAAAAAAUGUGCACUGUAUUGUACCGUACCACCAAAAGCUACUGUAUACAGUACUAGGAUUUUACAUAAUCAUAGUGAAUUUCUAGAACAUGUUAUAGAGUAAAUAAUCAUAGUGAAUUGUGAGAACUUGUUAUAGAAUAGUAGAUAUGCCAAGUUACGUAUCUGAAGUUAGGAAUAUAUUAUGUAUAUACAGUACAGUAUGCUCUCAGAUGGCAUAACUAAAAUACGUAAACCCAAUUUGAAAUAUGGAUAAUACAUAAAGUAUUGAACUGUAUACUGUAUAAUAAUAAUAAUUAAUGGUUUAUUGAAAGAAAAUAUGCAGCUCCUAAUGUUCCCAUGUUUAUAUAACAUAUACAAACAGUACAUUUUAUAUAUUUUGUAAGUGUUUAUUACCUAUACAGUAAUGGAGGUGAAUAUGAAAAAAGUAUGUGAUUUUAAUAUUCAGCUUUGCAAUCAGAUUACCAAAGAUUCCAGUUGUGAUGUAUAAAUAUUAGGUUUUUUCCUACAAAAUUAUGAUGGGGUAACCAUGUUUUGGUUUUUUCUUGCAUAGUGUAAAGUAUACUGCAUUCAGUAUGUCAUUAUUUAAAAAACUAUCUUAUUUUUUUAUAUUUUAAUGUUUCUCAAUAAGAAUACCAUUAUAAUGUACUGUAUUAUCUGAAGCAGUGAUUGACUACAGAGAGGCAGCAGAAAUGUACAUGUAUUACCAGUGUGCAGUGAGAGAGUUUGAGUAAACUCUUUACUGUAAUACCUCUCCAAUAUUUUGUCCUCCAAUAAAUUUUAUAGUCUAAAAAAUAAGUUUGUACAGAGCAUUUAGUUGAGUUAUGUUGGAUGCCUUGUGUAGUAAGGGACUGAAUGAAACACAAUUGAAAUUUAUGUUUGUUUUCUAUGUUUUUCCAAGAGAUAUCACACAGCACUAACUUCCUCAAGAAAAUUUUUCCUAAAAACUGUCCUACAGAGUGGUGGCUGAUCUUCAGUGGGGACAUGAUGCAGGAAUAUUGUAUGAUGUAGCUAUUAUGGGUUUUACAUUCCUUAUUUCAGGGUUGAGCUAGCUACCUCCCCUUGUGAGCCUCAGUGCACAUUAGCAUGGAGUUUUGUUGUGUUGCCUUCUCCCUAAUAUGCAGCUGGGUUUGGGGAUGUAAGUUUCCUUUGAUUUAGGCUCUAAAUGAAGGUUUGAUCCUGGGAGUAUGGCAAAAAUGGGAGUUUAGCUUAACUGAGGCUUGUUACUACUGCAAAUCCAAGAUGGCCUAUGGUGGACAAGGGAGAGUGGCAGUACACAAUGGGACACUUGAUGGGUACUGUAUGUAUGCAAGUCUACAUGUUCAUACAGAUAUAAGAUGAUAUUUCCAAGAUUGUUCCUCCUAAUCAUACAAGACUUUCACUGCUACAUUGAAAAUUAGCCAGGCAGAUGCUGAUAUAUGUACCGUAUAUAUAUAUAUUUAUAUUUUUACCAAAGAAAAUUAUGCUACGAUGUGAAAUUUCUUUAGAAAGCAUUAUACUGUAUGCAGUAUACUGUAUAAAUCUCGAUAAAACCACACAGGAAAAGGGAAGCACUGGAGCUCCAUUGUUUCCCUUUUCCUGUGUGGUUUUAUCGAGAUUUAGCUUGUCCAUGUUUCCAUUGUGGAUCUACAUGAAACUGUAUAUAUAUCAUCUCUAGUUAAUUUUACAGCCAAAAACUACAAUACUGCCUUUAUAAAUUGUAUGGUUACAUGCAAUCCAGUGUUCUUAAGUUUAUUAUAUUUUGAAGAUUAGCCGAUUUAUGUGAUGAUGAUAACACUGAAUACAUAUGAGUUGGGAGUCUUGAGUUUACAUGUUGGUAUUGAUUGUGUGUCUAAGUGUGUCUGUUGGCAUAGAAAAGAGGAGUGAGUUUGUGGUUGUGUGCACUAGUUGUGGUGUCUUGGUUUAGGAGGAGUUUAAGAUAUAUUAGAUGUAUUAUGCUAUAAAUUUUUCCUUCAUAGCAAUAAGAAGUGGAGCAAAAUUUUCAGACAGUAAAAAAGUAGUUUACUCUGUGAGGAUGUACAACAUUGAAUAUUUUGUGAAGAACUGAUAAGAAAAAUAGUUGUUAGUGUUCAUGAUUACAGUGUGGGGAUAUAAACACUGAUAGCUACAGUGUAAUUACAGUGACCACCUUGAUUAAGGCUUAAAAAGCAGUUUGAGAUCAGUAUUAUGUGCCUGAUUUUCCAAUGUGUACAUUAUAAUAAAGUUUGUUUUUGUAUUAUGUAAUAAAAAUUUACUUGUAGAGUGUUCUAACACGAUUUUUGUUUUUACAAAAUAUACAGUAUAACUCACAUGCCAUAAAGAACAGUGACUGAAGUUUGUUAAUCUGUCUGACUCAUGCCAUCAGUGUUAUCAAACACAAUUAACAAACUUGUACAGUCAACUACAGUAAUAAAGUUCAUUUGCCUCUCCCUCUGAACCAUGAAUCCCGAGAUUCAGAUUCAUGAAUCCAAAGUAUUUAUAGACAGGAUAAUGUACCAAUCUACUGCUUCGGGUUCACAUAUCUGAAUCUUGGAGUUCGUGGUUUAGGGGGAGAGGUGAACGGACCUUAGUAGUUGACUGUACAUCUCUACCUGUGAAUUUAGUAACUCACAGGGAUUACCUACACACAUACUGUAUGGUUGUAUUAGGAUUAAUAUUUUAAUUAAUACCUAAAUUACCACAAGUGUGAUGUUAGACAUAAUCACAAUCUCAGUUUUUGUCUUAGAAAAUCUACUGUAAAUUACGAGUGAUAAAUAUGAUGAUCUUGAUACAAUGGUGUAAUAGGCUGCCUGAUAUACUACUCUACACUACAUUUACUCUGUUGCAGUAUAGUAAAUAUUCUGAUCGGCAGUUAUUGUUACCAAAAAUCCCUUGUUAUAUUGGCUUCAAAAGUUAUUUUAUAUACAGGUACCUGUAUUAUUUUUGUGCGUGUAAUAAUCAUAUGUAUUUUCUCAUACUUUAACUGAGUACAUUAUAGUAUUGUGUUAUAUAUUGUUAUCUAGAAUUAAAAAAACAUAAGGUCAUAAUUACAGUUACUAUAUAAUAAAUUUUAUCAUAAGUUUAUUUGUUUUACAAGAUUGUAAUGCAAAUAUUGAAGGUUCUGUACUAUAAUAUUUGAAGUUUUAGGUUGCAGAAUAAGGUUGUAAACAGAUAAUUUUGGAACAUUGUGUAAAAACCUUUGAAUAUUUUGACUUAGUAAGUACGGUACCAUAUCUUAAAUCUUCAUGUUUAACCUUUGGUCACACUUUUUGAAUACUUCUUAGUGAAAGUUUAAUAUAAUGUACAGAGGAGCCCAUGUGAUGAAUAUUGUGGAAAUAUUAUUAUUAUUUAAUACCAGUAAUUAAUAAUUUUUUUGAAAUACAUUGUGACAAAUUUUA